AUGGCAUCCGUCUGGAAGCGCCUCCAACGCGUGAAUAAGCGGGCCGCUAAGUUUCAAUAUACCGCAUCCUAUCAUCAGAUAGAGCUUGAUCUCACUCCAAAAUGGAAACCGAAUAAGUUGAGCAUUGUAUGGACGCGAAGAUCCCGUCGUGUCGUCACCGACCCAUUAGAAUGGGAGCCUUCGCUUAAGGACCCUUUAAAAGGUUCAGUGAUAUUUGGAGUCGAGAAUCACACGGUAGCGGUGACUUUGUUCAGAGAUUCACGGACUAAUGAGCUCGAGGACAAGGAUUGGACGUUUGUUCUUGAAGAUGUUUCUGUAACCGGCAAGCGGCGACGUCUGGCAUCUUGCGCAGUGAACUUGCGCAAACAUGCGUCACUUGCCCCUGCGCAGAAGCCGCUUAAAUUUACCCUAGAGCCGCUCACGAAGAAGCUUAAAAGCGCCAGACUACACUUAACUCUACACUGUGUUCUGCUUAGAGAGGGACAGGCCACUGACGAGGACAUGCAAUCUCUUGCCUCUCUACUUUCUGUCAAUAAUAACUCUGAUAUCGCAGUGUUAGAGGAUCUGGAUGAAGAUGAUUACACGUUGUCUGAUAGCUCUACUAGACAAAUGCUGGAUCUCCGUCAACAAAUGGAAGAAAUGACACAGAGUCUAACAAAUUCGGACAUAGCGGCGACCCCUAAUAGUGUGCAAAGUCUCAAUUUUGACAAGACCCCAACAGCACAGAGCCCUACAACACCAGUUAACGCUGUGGAGGCAUUUGGCGAAGACGCGGUGACACCCAAAAAUAGACCGGAAUAUUUGAGCAGUCUGACGAAGGCUAUGAGAGCUGAACCCAAGUUCAGUUCCACUCCGAAACCUGUGGUAGCUCCUAGUGAGGAGAAGUUAGAUAAUUUAAAAGUUACAGGUCUAGUUUUCAAACCGAAAACGGUUGCUAAACGUAAUUUGAAACCCCUGGAAUUGAAGUCUAACUUAAACAACAUUAGUUUGGAUACUAAUGACAACGAAAGACAAGACGAAAAGACACCGGUGCCCGAAGAAAGACUGACCGUUCCGCAUGUGGAGAAGGAUAAGACACCGAUGGUGGACUUGGUCGAAUGGUGUCAAUACAUAACACGAGAGUAUCCAAGAUGUCCAGUCACUGACCUCACUACCAGCUUCAGAUCGGGGCUCACUUUCUGCGCCAUCAUACAUCAUUUUAGGCCGGACCUUAUUGACUAUUCUGGGCUGCAACCUGAUGAAAGCGAAGAAAAUGUUCGUCGUGCUCUCGAAGCGAGCGUUAAACUUGGAAUUUCACAAGUUCUGACUGUCGCUGAUGUCUGUGGAGGACCGGUACCUGAUAAACUUGCUGUGAUGACAUAUCUAUUUCAACUGAGAGCAUACUUCACUGGAAACGAAUUACAAGUCGAACAACUAGGUAACGAUGAGACAGAAUCCUCGUACCUGGUGGGCAGACAUGACACAGAUGACAGUCUUCCACCAGAGUUGUUCUCUCGGGAAGUCAGCACCAGAAGAUCUAGGAAUGUUAUGGAUAGGCCGCCAGUACUUAAGCAAGAGUCGCAAGAGUCCCGUCAAUCUUUAGACCUAUCUCCGGAUAAAUCCCCCGCUAUAAAGGAUAUGAAGGAUAUAUUCCAACAGUCAAAGAACAUUCUUGGCAAAAUGCUAUCUCCUGCAAAGGAUUUGAGGGAGAAACCUACGGCUAAGUGGUUUAAUGAACCAAUCAAGACUGAGCCUCUUCCGCGCCCGGAAAAGUUGAUGACACGCAAAGAACUCACAGAUCCGUUCGGAUCUGAUGAUGAAGAGGAAGCCCCACCGGCUAAAGAUGUCAAUAAUGGUAUUGUGCAACCAGAACAGAAACCAAUAAUUGAGCCGACAGCCACAGAUCCACUUAAUGCCUUCCAAACGCAACCAAACGACAAGUUGAAACCACCCACCCCAGAACUACCCAAACCUACACCGCAAUUGUUAUCGCGUCAUGACGAACUAAAAGAAAAAGCUAGACAGCUGCUAGAGGCUACUAAGCGUGAAGCGAGGGAAAAGGAUCGAAAGAGACAAAGUCUGAAAGAGAAAGAGGAUAAGAGUGAAUUAACAAAUGGACUCAAGAAUGGUGAAAGUCCUAAAAAGGGUAUGUCUGAGGAAGAGAGACAAAACAUGUUGCGCGAGAGGGCGAGGAAGAUCAUAGCUGACGCGCGAGCUGGAAUUGUUAGUCCGAAAUCUCCAAUGUCACCUUCCCGAAUCAAUCCCGGUACUGUCGAAAUCAUCAGUAAACAUUCUGUUUUGGAAGAAUUAGCUGCUGGUGGUAUGGAGCACCUGGAAAGUUUAGUCAACAGAGAAUCGGCGCCUUCGACUCCCGGCUCCAGGAAGAGCAAUCCCAGCCCAGAAAGAAAUGAAGAAACAAAAGAAGGGAAGAGUAGAAGUCAGUCUCCGAAUGAUUCUCGGAAAUCGCCGCUCCAUUCGUUCAGUGCGCUCGUAGACAGGCUCUCUCCUGAACCUAAUAUGGAGGACAAUGAGAAUAAAGAAAGUUACAGCACUUAUAUAGCGAGUGAAUUGCAAGCGUUAGAGCGAGAACAGAAAUCUAUCGAUGAAAAGGCCGCGGCUUUAGAGAAACAAUUAAGACGGGUCAUGGACCGGGCUGAUAAUACUGAGGAGGAAGAUCGGCUGAUGUCGCAGUGGUUCAAUCUCGUGAAUAAGAAGAAUGCGUUAAUACGCAGGCAAAUGCAACUUAAUAUACUAGAAAAAGAGGAAGACCUAAGCCGUCGAUGCGAGCUGUUGGCUCGCGAAUUGCGCCUCUCACUCGGCGUCGAAGAGUGGAGAAAGACUCCCGGGCAGAAGAGACGAGAGAUACUCCUCUUACAAGACUUAUUAUCAGCUGUUAAUGAGAGAGAUAGGCUUGUACAAGAAAUGGAUGAGCAGGAAAAAGCGAUAGCGGAAGAUGACGAAAUUCAGCGGAAUCUUAGCAAUGUUGAAAUACGGAGACCGAACAAUUGCUUGCUUCAGUAA